UCGCGACCUAAGCCUCGUCCGCGAGAUCCGCGUUCGCGCCUCCCCCCCCCGCGUCGCCUCGCGCGCCGUUCGCCUUCGCGACGCACAUGGUGGGGCGCGCGCGUCGAGAGCGCGGCGUCGGACGCCGCGGUGGGCGAGGGCGAGCGAAAGCCGACGAAGGGGAAGGGGGUGUCGAAUUUGUUGAAGCGAACCGUGAGCUCUCUCUUCAUGGUCGCCGUGGGCGGGGUGGUGAUCUUCGCCGGUGGGUGGCCAUGGGCGCUGGCGAUGGCGCUCUUCAACGGCGCGUCGUGCGUGGAAUACUUUGGAAUGGUGCGAGAGAUGAAUAAGGAGCUUCCGUAUCCGCCGCCGGAGUGGUGCAUUAAUUUAUGCGUCGCGGCGUGCGCUUCGUUACCAGUUCUCCUGCACGCCACGGGGGGUAAGAUGACGUCCAUCAUCGUCGCCACGGUGAUUUCGUUCACCGCGAUCUGCGCCGCGCUCAUCGUGAACGAAGAGUCCCACUUUAACGAGUUUACGUCGUCUCUGUUUGGCUUGAUUUAUUGCGGCUUCUUGCCGACGUUUUGGGUCAAGCUUCGCGGCAUGAGCGGCGUCUCGCUAGCCACUCCGGACAGUUUGCUUCAUCACUGGCCCGCUUGGCUCGGUGGUCCGGGGAUUUGGACCCUCGGCCUCGCGGCGACGAUCACCAUCGUGCUCUCCGUCGUGAGCGCGGACGUCGGGGCGUACGCGUUUGGCAAAAACUUUGGUAAAAACAAACUCACGGCGGUAAGCCCGAAUAAGACGGUCGAAGGCGCGAUCGGCGGGUUGUUGGCUUGCGCGGGGACGUGCGCGGCUUUGUUUUCAGUCAUGGGGUGGCCUGGAACCGCGUGGCAAGGCGCGUUUUUGGGCGUCACGGUGUUCUUCACCUCCGUCUUUGGCGAUCUCCUCGAGAGCGUGAUGAAGAGAAAUGCGACGAUGAAGGACAGUGGGAAUCUGAUUCCGGGUCACGGCGGCUUGCUCGAUCGAUUUGAUUCGUACAUUUUCACCGGGAGUGUGACGUACUUCUUUGUCAUCGCCGUCCUCGGCGGUUUCCGAAGAGUCUUUUCGGUUGGAUAUUACUAA